UGUCUUGUGGCAUGGCUACAUGUGUGAUGAUGAAGAACUCAAUUUUCUUGAUCAUUUUUGCAUGCUUGUGGGCUUGUCAUGAUGCAAGGGACACAUUGGCACCGGGGGACACACUUGAUUCCUUGAGUUCCUUAGAAUCUGCAUCGGCAAAGUUCACCUUGUCUUUCGUUGAGCAACUGUAUUCCAACUUCACCUAUUUGGUCAUCCGCCGCAAUAAAUACAACCCAAACAAAGCUUGGAUUGGCAACAGAAACAGACCUAUUUCAUCAUCUUCAUCUCCACUUCUUACCUUGGAUUGGAAUUACACAUUGAAGAUUACUCAAACGGGUGAAGAUCCAAUUGUCAUUUGCUCUGCUCCACAAACUAGUAAUGGUACUAGUAGCGGUGUUGUGGCUACCCUUUUAGAUUCUGGCAAUCUUGUACUGCAAGAAAUGAAUGGAUCGAGGGUUUUUUGGCAAAGUUUUGAUUAUCCAGGAGACACAUUUUUACCGGGUGAUCAGAGUCUUGAACCAGAAUGGGUGCUAUACAGUAGUGGGAUACUUCAGGAAUAUGAAGGACGGAUGGAUAUUGUACAAGCACAGAACUGUGACGGCUAUGACACCGGUGGAGGGUGCGUCCGAAGGUUCCAGUCAACGAAAUCCUCUGGCACAAAAAUUGAUAAAUGGGUUUGGAUUGGCACUUCUAUAGCUGCUGCUCUAGUGCUUUGCACCGCGUACUAUCUAAUUCGACGAAGAAGAUCAGCCCUUGCAUCAGCUGGUGAGAACCGGACAGAGAUUGAGAACGAAAUGCUUAACUUCAUGAAAUCUAAUCGACCUACUGAUGAUGUUAAUGGUCUCCAAAAUGAUGGAAAGAUAGGACAUCAUGAUUUAAGCGUUUUUAGCUAUUCAACCAUCUUGGCUGCCACAAGCAACUUUGCUGAAGAAAACAAGCUAGGAGAAGGAGGGUUUGGACCGGUUUAUAAGGGGAAAUUGGCGAUGGGACAAGAAAUAGCUGUGAAGAGGCUUUCGAAAUGUUCAGGGCAAGGAACAUCAGAAUUCAAGAAUGAACUGAUACUUAUAUAUGAACUCCAACAUCGAAACCUGGUUCAGCUUUUCGGAUUUUGCAUUCAUGGCGAAGAGAUGAUGUUGAUAUAUGAGUAUCUGCAGAACAAAAGUUUGGACCACUUUUUAUUUGAUCCAACCAGAGGUCUACUACUAGAUUGGAAGAAGCGUUUAAGCAUUCUCGAAGGAAUUGCUCAAGGGUUGCUUUACCUGCACAAAUAUUCAAGAAAGAAAGUAAUUCAUAGAGAUUUAAAAGCUAGUAACAUACUACUUGAUGAAAACAUGAACCCAAAAAUUUCAGAUUUUGGUCUGGCAAGGAUUUUCACCCAAAAUGAAUUGGAAGCAAACACUAGCAAG